CCUCCUUUCUUCGGGAGGGGGAAGAAAAUGUGGGGUUCUGGCACUCCAAAGAUCGAGUUCCCCCUGCCUCUGGUCCUUCUCUCUUUCCCUGCCUGCCUGCCCCGGGAAUCCUCUGCUCCAUCUAGCCCUCCUGCAGGAGUUCGUGAGGUACUACUUCGGGUUUUUUGUCUGAGAACUUUGAUCCCUACAACAAUCAUGCAGUCGUGCGGGGGAAAGAAAAGUGCUGCUAGAUGAAGACGAAUAGGUGAGAAGAAAUACUGUAAUUGGCACUGGCUUGGAAAAAGAAAAGCAUCCUGCAACACUUUUUUUUAAUUAUUAUUAUUAUUUUUAGAGCUUUUCUGUUUUUCUCCUAUUAGAUUCAAAGAUAUUGUGCAUGGUAAAGGGGAAUGUAAGGAAACAGUUAACUGCCUGGUUAACUUGAGGAAAAAUGAGUUCAUCCGGAACUGAAAUAUGUAAUAUUGCCUUUUAGGGUUUCAUUUAUUGUUGGGGAUUUACUUUCUUUUUCAGUAAAACAAGUAUGAAAAGAAACAAAAAUUUCUUCCCCCUCCCCUAGUAAUUAUGUCUGUAGUAAUGCUUUGGAACUAGAAUCAGGGAAAUCCAAGGGAUUUCACUCUUUCCAGUGGGAAAGAGUGUAAGGCAAUACUGGGAUUCAUGUGCUUAGAAACUUUGACACAGAACUCCACAGCAGCUCUUGAGCUAGCAACUAGAACACAGUGAACCUGAAUCAGUACAGAGGAAGAAAUCCAUUUCAUAAGAAUAAUCAAAAUGCAGGCAGCAGUAAGUGGGGAAAAGGCAAGACAAGGUUUUUUUCCUCUUCACUGUGCUUAUUGUGCAAGAAAUAACUGGUAUGUGAACAUGUGGGAAUCUGAACAUAGUUCUGCAAUAUUUAGCUCUUGUUCAUAGAUGUCAUUAUUACUUGUACUACACAACAAUAUUCGCCAGGAUGUGUUUGUCAUUCUUUAAAGAGGUCUGCUUUAUUCAGUGGCAACAAUUUAGUGUGCCACUUCUUUUUCAGAUUUUCAAAGUUGCCACUGGUAAUACCAGUGAAUAAUUUAUUAAAGUAGUAAAGUAGAACUUUGAUUAAGUAAAGGGGGGAAAAAAAAAAAAGAGGUGUAUUAUCAAAUAGGAGUGCAUCUCAAGGAUGGGUCCUGACCAAUUCCAUUAGUAGUUGAUGAGAAAUAGAAUAAACUUUAAAAAAAGCUAAGGCAUUACAGAUAAGAGGAACAGGAUUCAAAGCAUCUCAGGUAAAUAAGAGAGAAUGUCAUAUAUAAAUAAAACAAUGUCAGAAAAAUACAGACAAGGGGAUUUAAAAUUACAGCAGAAUAAUAAUGCAAAUUAAUUACGUGCUUUUUCUUAGAAAGGGAAAAAUAAAGCAAAUCCUAUCAUAGAUUCACUGAAUGACUUGAGUUGGAAGAGACAACUUUAAGAUCAUCUAUUUCCAAUCACCUGCUAGUGAUGGGGACACCUAGACCAGACUCAAAUCCCCAUCCAGCCUGGACUUGAAUGACUUCCAAUGUCUCACCACCCUCACAAUAAAUAAUCUCUACCUAAUAUCCAGUCUAAAUCUACCCUCUUCCAGCUUACAGCUGAUUUUCCAUCCUGUUGCUACCUACCCUUAUAAAAAGUCCUCCUCAGCUUUCCUGGAGGUUCCUUCCUCAGUACUAGAAGGUUGCUAUAAGGUCUCCUUGGAGCCUUCUUUUCUCUAGGCAGAAGAGCCCAGCUCUCUCAGGCUGUCCUCAUAGAGAGGUUCUCUAGCCCACUAAUCAUCUUUGUGGCCCUCCUCUAGACCUGUUACAACAACUCCAUGUCCUUCUUGUGCUGGGGGCUCCAGAACUGGACACAGCACUCUAAGAGGGGUCCAUGAGAACGGAGUAAAUAGAAGGCCAGAAUCACAUCCCUCGACCAGCAGGCUGCUCGUGUUUCUUCUGAUGCAAACCAGGAUGCAGUUGGCCUUCUGGGCUGCAAGCGCACAUUGCUGGCUCACACUGAGUCUUUCAUCAACCAAUAUUCCCAAAUCCUUCUCCUCAGGCUGCUUUCAAGCCAUUCUCUGUCCAGCCUGUAUUUGUGCUUGGGAUUGCCCCUAUUCAGGCGCAGGACCUCGCACUUGGCCUUGUUCAACUUCAUGAGGUUGGUAUGGGCCCAUAGCUCAAGCCUGUCAGGUCCCUCUGGAUGGCAUCCCUUGCUUCUAGUUCUAGUGAACUGCAACACUCAGCUUGGUGUCGUCUGCACACUUGCAGGGUGCACUUGAUUCCACUGUCCAUGUCACCUACAAAGAUGACACUGCUUUCAACUCCGAGCCUUGAGGUAUCCCACUCAUCACCAGUCUCCAUUUGGACACUGAGCCAUUGACAACUCUCUGGGUGCGGUCCUCCAGCCAAUUCCUUAUUUUUAUAGCAUGCACUAGAAGUCAAAACCAUGCUAGAGUAAAGGAAAAGUGUAGAAGUGUGUUUGUGUAUUCAUACUGACUUUGGUUUUAGUUAACUCAGUAUUUGCCAGGACUCUAAAAACCCAGAGGUAAAGGAAGUAAGAGAAAUGCAAAUAAACAGACAAGAAUGCACAGAGAAGUCACAAGCCUGUCUUGGAUGAAAGAGAAUCCUCAGCAAGUAUGCUGAUGAUAUGAAGGUAGGAGGAGUGGCUAACACAUCAGAAGGCUAUGCUGCCAAUCAGCAUGACCUGGACAGGCUCGAAAGUUGGGUGGAGACAAACUUUAUGAGGUUCAACAAGGGGAUGUGUGGAGUCCUUUACCUGGGGAGGAAUAAAAGCGUCUAUCUGUACAAGUUUCAGGACAACAAAGGACAACCUGCUGGAAAGGAACUCUGUAGAGAAGGACCUGGGAAUCUCAGUAGACAACAGCUUGACCAUGAGCCAGCAGUGUUUCCUUGUGGCCGAGAAGGCCAAUGGUAUCCCUAAAGUGAAUUUAAAAGAGCGUGACCAGCAAGUUGAGGUGGCAUUUUCUCUCCCUCUAUUUUGCCCCUAUGAGGCCAAUGUGGAAUACUGUGUCCAGGUCUGAGCUUCAAAAUAGACAAGAAACUUACAGAAAGAGUCUAGUGAAGGGCCACAAAGAUGACUAUGGGCCUGGAAUAACUCCACCCUUACGUGGAUAGGAUGUGAAACCUGGGAAUGUUCAGAAUGGAGAAGAGCAGACUGAUGUUAUUUAUCUAAUUAUUAAUAUCUAGAAAGUGAGUGUCAAGCGGGGAGAGCCAGGCUCUUUCCAGUGGUGCCCAGUGACAGAUCCAGGGGCAGUAGGCACAAACUGCAACACAGGAAAUUCCAUGCAAACAUGAGGAAAAACUUAUUUUGAGGGCGAUUGAACACUGGAAACAGCUGCCCAAAGAGAUUGUGGUGUCUCCUUCUCUAAAGAUACUCAAAACCCACCUGGGUUCUUUCCUAUGUACGGAAUCUGCUUUAGGAAAGGAUUGGACUAGAUGAUCACCAGAGGUCCCUUGCAAUUCCUACAGUUCUGUGAUAAGAGUUGACGAAAUGCAAUCAAUGAAGAAAGACUGAACAAAUUAGGCUUGUUUAUGUAAGAGAGAGAAAAUAGCAAGCUGUGAGUGUUUCAAAUCUAUGUUUUUACAACAGUACUAUUAUAUAAGAAUAUUUUUCCAAUGUCAGUGUUUCUUUUCUUUCAUGAGAGCAAUAGCUCUAUAAACCAACAUAUUCAAUAUAUGAAGUCCAAUAUAAAGAGUUUAUGCACUUGGUUUUCUAUGUCCAACAAAGAACAAGGUAACUUACUGGGUUAAAAAAAAAAAAAAAAAGGAAUAUUCAGAAGAAUUUUAGUACUCAUCGGGUAUUGAUAGAAUUCCUAGAGUAGAUUACUUAAAAAACACCUCCAUAAUCUCCUUCACUUCAAGUUUUUAUGAAGUUGGAUUAACACUUGUCAGGGUUGGUUAAGGUUUUUUUUACUUGGCUUCAGUUUAUGUGGUUUAAGUAGGGAUCUGCUGCAAUUUCCGCAAGCUCUGAUUGAAAGAAGAUGAAGGAAGAAACCUAGCCAAAGGAGUUCCAUUACUUUUGAUAAUUCUUCAUUUAUAUUCUUAUGCUUAUUCUAAUACUUUCGCAAUUUUUUUCUCUCCUCACUGGUAAUCAUGUUGUUGGUAUUAAAUAAGAAUCUAUACUUGUCUUUAUAAUACAAAAGACCAGUAAUCAAAAAGAAAUAGCUGUAGAACUUCAUUUCCACAGAAAAUGAAGGAGUCCUGAAACUGCAUAAGCAGGACUUUGGAUGACGGAAAAGAAUGAAAACUGAUUUUUUUACCAAUUUUACUCUCUACUUUCAUCUGCUCAUUUGCUCUUACAAUAAUAGCAUCCAUAAAUCUCUCAACAGAGUUCCCCCUGUAUUUGAUAAUCUUUCUCAGUGGAACUUUCUCACUCUUUUUUGUCCAGGACUUUAAUGUUUUUUGCAUGAUUCUACCUAUAAUAGAAGUGGUGGGGGCAGGUGGUGGGUCGGGUUGGGUCUCAUAGGAACAUAACUUGUCUGACCAAAAUACAUCCCUUCUUCAUAAGGUAGAUGAUCAAAACUUGAAGAUACAGGAUUGUGUGUCUUAAAUAUGUUCAGAGCCUUAUAACACUCCUACAAGUAUUUGCUUGCCACCAUUCUUGUUUUGCAUUGCACUCAGAAAUGCGAUUAAAAUGGAUGAAAAAUUGAUGCAAUUACUACUAUCUAUUAUUACUUUUUUUUAAGUGAUAAACAGAAAGAUCUCAAAUAUGACAUCUCAACUUAGUUUUUCAACAAGACUGGAACACACCAUAAAAUUUAAAACUUGACUCUAUGGACAUUAACUUCAUAGCUCUCUUUACAAAAUUAGUAUGCCCUUACGAACUUAGUUACAUGUGCUUAAAUUUUUGGAGAUGUUUUCUUUCUUCUGCUGCUUUUUCUCUAAUAUUCAAACAAAUAACAAUAUUCAGUAAUUACUUUUCACCAGAGUAGGCAGAGCAUAUUCAUCUAAUAAAUGUGUUCCUUUGUAAGUGACAAUGGGCUUGCUAAUUUUAAAAAACACCAUUUAAGUUUACAGUUGCUAAAUACUUGUGGAACAUUGUUCCCAACUGUAUAAAAUCUCAUUAUUUAUUUCAGAAAGUAUUUAAGCACAUCUCAAAAUGCCUAUGCAGCAACAAAUUAAUAUGUUGAGAGGUAACUUUAUUGAGUGUUUAUUGGUUUGGUUGUUACUUUUAAGCAGCAUUUGUGCUUGGCAAUAAGUCACCUGCUUCCAUGAGCUGAACCCUUAUUUUUUCAGAUACUAAUUUCCAACUUGCAAACUUUCUCUGAAAUGUGUAAUAUCUCUAAGGAUGUAAGACUGCUAGUGAAAAUUAAACCAGAACCAACAAGUGGAAAAAAAGUUUGUAAAAGCAAGGCAGUAAAGGAAGAAAAAAAAAUACCAAUGUGGAAUGCUAAUACACCUAUGGAUAUUAUCAUUGACAGAAUAGUGUGAGGUCUAUCCUUGCAACUUCCUAACUGCAAAGAAUAUAAAGAAAACUCACCAUAAGUAUAGCAUUUGCAUAGACAAACAAAAGGAGUUCCUGAGAAGCUAAAUGCAGUCUCCACCUAAGCCACAAAACGUUAACACAAAUUAUGAGUAUGCACAAGCCCAAAUUAAACAAAUAGUUAUGUGUGUGCUUAUGUUUUAUUCCUUUGGGUGGUCCAGUUUCCUUCUGUGAAAGUACUCAUGCUAACAGUUAAACGUGUACUCAUAGGAAGAGAGUCUGAGGUUUCAUAAAUAAAUCCUGUUAUGUAAUAUCUGAUAAAGUUGUUUUUACAUCAGUAUCAAGAUUAGGAACACUGAAUGCAUGUCACUGGGCCAGAUAUGAGUUCAGUGUCCUGUUCUAAUCAGUGGCCAGUGCCAGAUACUUUAGAGAAAUUCCUAUGAUUUACAUGAAUAACAACAUAAUGGGAGAUAUGAUUUUUGCUAACUCUAAUCUUGUAUCUUAUUAAAUCCUUCAGUCCAAUUAUUUUCCUUGUUAGGAAUAUUUUCUUAAGAAACUAAAGAAAACCAGAGAGUUGCUGGUCCAGGAGGAAAGCAGCAAAUUUAAAACUGUUAAGAGGAUAUCUCUUGCUUUUCAGUUAUGGCUAAAGUAUAGACAUUAACAACUUACUUUAUCUGCUCCAGUUGCCCUGAUACACUUAGAAAGAAGCACAACUUCUUUUUUAUCAAAUAUUUUCACUUUUUUUUUCCCAUACAAAAACAUCCUUUUAGUCUCCAUUCUUCUCAGUUUUCUCUCAUUCUUAAUAAAUUUGCAAUGUUCCUUCUGAAAACAGCAUUCAGCACUAUUUCAAAAUUAGCAGAAUUCACACAACAGUAUCAACAGUUUUUUAUAUCAUUUCUGCUUUGUUAAACGUGUCCAGGCUGCAAAUUGAAUUGGGAACAUCAAAACAUCAAGCUUUUUAUGAAUUAUGGUUCUCAGAGCUGUCUCAUUUUGGCUGCAGCCACCAGAAGAUUCAGCAUGGAGCUCAAGUUUUUGAGCAUGUUUGAACAUAAGUGAAGAUAGGAUGUAUAAAGAAAGAUAGUGCCAGUUCAACCAAAACCCUUAACCUCUUUCUAAGAGUAAAGUCAAACUAACAGUUCAGGUUUUAGCGUUACUUUGAACUGGUUUUCAUUGCGGUCUGUAAACGUGAUCUCUCUAGUCACCUCUUUUGCGCCUCAGAUUUUAGAUACCAUUGCUGUUCGAUGUGAUUCUAAAGUAUCACAGCGUUCUCUUAUCACAGCAAGGAAAUCAGCUAUUUAGCUGUACUGUUCUCAUCUCCAUUAUCCGUACCCAUGACCUUCCACACGUACAUGCCUGUAAAACUACUUAGUUGUCCCCUCCUCUCCCUGCCUCACGGCACGGAGCAGCACCAGGACAGCCCUCCUCCCGCCUCAGGCUUUCUGACAGACCGGAGCACUCGCAGCACGGCCGGGAGCCGCCCCCUGCUCUCCGGACGACAGUGGCUGAACGUUGCCGCCGUUGCGCAUGCGCCAGCUCCGAAUGGUUGAGUUGGCGGCGCGCGGGAGACGUUGCGCAUGCGUGCCAUGCAAAAGGACUGCCGUCCGCGCGCGUUCUACCGGCUCCCUACGGGCUUUGGAGCGUACGCUUGGGGAGGGUGGUGGCAGGCGCUGCGCAUGCGCACGCUGUGAGGAGAGGUGGUGGCUCAGGGGCCUGGACGAGCCGCGUCGCCGCUGCUGCGAGGGGCCCGGAUUUCUCCGCGGGGCCGCGUGCCGUCGGUUGUCAGGAGAUAAGCCCCUGGCUGACCGGUCAGUAGCGAGUACGUCCCGCUCGGCCCCGCCGCUAAGCCUCCCGGGGCGGGCAGACCGGCUGGGCCGCUGCCGCCGCGGCUGAAGAGAGAAGGCGCCGGCAGGAUGAAGCUGGUGAGGAAAGACCUGGAGAAGGAUAAUGCGGGGCAGGUGACGCUGAUCCCCGAGGAGCCGGAGGACAUGUGGCACACCUACAAUCUGCUGCAGGUGGGUGACAGCUUGCGGGCCUCCACCAUCCGCAAAGUGCAGACCGAGUCGUCCACGGGCAGCGUGGGCAGCAACCGCAUCCGCACCACCCUCACCCUCUGUGUGGAGACCAUCGACUUCGACUCGCAGGCCUGCCAGCUGCGGGUCAAAGGCACCAACAUCCAGGAGAAUGAGUAUGUCAAGAUGGGGGCCUACCACACCAUCGAGCUGGAGCCCAACCGGCAGUUCACGCUGGCAAAGAAGCAGUGGGACAGCGUGGUGCUGGAGCGCAUCGAGCAAGCCUGCGACCCAGCGUGGAGCGCUGAUGUGGCAGCCGUGGUCAUGCAGGAAGGCUUGGCUCACGUCUGCCUGGUUACCCCCAGCAUGACCCUUACUCGUGCCAAGGUGGAAGUGAACAUCCCCCGCAAACGGAAAGGAAACUGCAGCCAACAUGACCGGGCCCUAGAGAGAUUUUAUGAACAGGUGGUGCAGGCCAUCCAGCGGCACAUCAACUUUGAGGUGGUGAAGUGUGUCCUGGUGGCCAGCCCAGGCUUCGUUCGAGAGCAGUUCUGUGAUUACAUGUUCCAGCAGGCAGUCAAGACUGACAACAAACUUUUACUGGAGAACAGAUCCAAGUUUUUACAGGUGCAUUCAUCAUCAGGACAUAAGUACGCACUGAAGGAGGCACUUUGUGACCCAGCUGUAACUAGCCGUCUCUCUGACACUAAGGCUGCUGGUGAGGUCAAAGCCUUAGAUGACUUCUAUAAAAUGUUGCAACAUGAGCCUGACCGGGCUUUUUAUGGCCUAAAACACGUGGAAAAGGCCAAUGAAGCCAUGGCCAUUGAUACUUUGUUGAUCAGUGAUGAGCUCUUCCGGCACCAGGAUGUGGCUACACGUGCCCGAUAUGUUAAAUUGGUAGAUAGUGUACGGGAGAACAUGGGCACAGUGCGCAUUUUCUCCAGCCUUCAUGUGUCUGGGGAGCAGCUUGGCCAGCUGACAGGGGUAGCAGCUAUCCUGCGUUUCCCUGUUGCUGAGCUCUCUGACCAGGAGGAUGAGUCUAGCUCUGAAGAGGAUUGACAACAGUGGCUUCAUUUCACAGUAUCCCUUCCAACUGACAUCAAAAUGACAUUAAAAGUCUUCCCUUCCAAAAUACUGUGUGCAGAUUUACCAUGAUAUGUCACUUAUGUUUUUGAUAGUAUUUCUUAUACUAUGUGUUUCUUCUCACCACACAAAUUGAUGUCUAUUCUAUGGUGAAGACGAUUGAAAUGCUGAGAUUUAGAGCUGACUGGCUUUGCAAGUUACACCCUGGAUCUCCAGCAGUACCAGAAACAGAUCUCAGUCCCCAAAGCUGCUUAUUCUUCAUGUUAAGGCAGACUGUCAGCUUAAUGUUCUGGAAUGUGUACAAAAAGAUAAUAAACUAUGAAGCAGAAAA